AUGUCGUCUGCGUCGCUUUAUACUUUACCUAUCGAACUUGUGUAUCAUAUUUUUGACAAUCUUGACGUACAAACAAUAUUUUUUUCAUUUCGAAAUGUAUGUAAACGAUUUUAUACCAUUGUCGACAUUUAUAAUCGAUAUGAACUUGAUUUAAGCUCAGUUUCGAAGAGUGAAUUUCAUCGUAUUUGUCGUAUUAUUCGUCCGGAAAAUGUAAUUUCACUUAUUCUUUCCAAUAAUGAUAUGACACCAGGUCAAAUUUGUUUAUUUAUAUCUCUUUUCAAUAUUAAACAAUUCGUUCAUCUUCGUGCAUUAACUUUAAUUGAAAUUGAAAAGUUUGAAUUAAAUCUACUCAUAGAACAUAUUAAUAUAAAUUCUCUAAAUGCAUUAUCAAUCAAAAUACGAAAAAACAAUUCUAAAUCUAAUGAUAAAUCAAUGAUUUCUCUUUUAUCUAAUAUUGUCAUGGCUAAUCUUCAUAAAUUUGAUCUAAGUAUGUGGAGUCAGGAAAUAAAUAAUAUAGUAUGGCCUAAGCAAUGUACUUUACAAUAUCUUACUCUUGGUCAUUACGUAACACUCAAACAAGUUUGUGAAAUUCUUCGUCACUUAUCCCAUUUACGAACAUUAGUACUAAGAAAUUGUAUUGUGAAUGAUACUGAUGGAACUAUGACAUCAUUUUCUGAUAUUCAAACAAAUACACAUUUAACUUCACUGACAUUGAAGAAUAGUCGUUUACAAAUGAAUGAGUUAGAAUUGUUACUUUCACUAACACCUUCUCUUGUUCACCUUCAACUAACAGGUAGUGUUAAUUUAUUGGAUGCUAUACUUGAUGGCGCGCGAUGGGAAGAGUUUAUUCAAAUAAAAUUAUCUUCAUUGAAGAAAUUUGAAUUUUUCUUUCGUACUAAGACUGAUAUUAACCAUAAUCCUAUUGAUAUUGAAUCAUGGGUUAGUCCAUUUCGAACAAUGUUUUGGCUUAAACAUAAAUCUUGGUUUGUAACUUGUAAUUUUAUCAUUAAAACGGCAACACUUAGACUCUAUUCAGUACCAAUAUGUGAUCCUUGUAUUACAUACGAAUCUGACUUCGAUAAAAUCGUAUGCACCACUUGCACAGCCAUUGAAAAUGAUGCAUUAAUAAUGAAUAAUGUACGUGAAGUUCAUUUAGAUUUAACAUUAAUGAUGGCAAGUAUAACAGCACAAAAGAUUACAUUACGAAGUCAUCAUUUAUUUCUAAAACUAACCGAUUUAACACUUACGAUCAAUGGAGAAUGGCCUGCUGAUUCAAUGGAAUUUCUUUCGAAUCUUAUUGAUUUAACAAAUCUGAUUACAUUGGGAUUGUACGUUGAUUUUGAUCAUUGUUCAGUAUCAAAUACAAUAAACAAUAUAGGCUACUUACUUAAACAAACAUACAAUGUUCGUUCACUUACAUUAUCUAAUUCACAUUAUCGUAGUAAUUUAAAUGGAAUUGUUGAAACACGUUCCUAUUCUUCAAUGCCAAUGUUAGAAUGUUUAUUAUAA